AUGAAGUGGGUAUCAUUAUUGCUCUUACUAGUAGCAUCGUUGGCAGUAUCAUCUCAAGAUAUUAAGCCAAAGGCUGAACUAUUACCGGGCGAUGAAUCUCCAAGAGAACCGGAAGUCGCAUUUUCAGAAGGCGAACCAUUUGAGUUGACUGAUACCUUCGAUUCACCAAAUAAUAAUACAACAACAAAACUAGCAUUGGAGCCAAAGGCUGAGCCGGAACCAAAACCGGAGCCAGAGCCAAAAGCCGAACCAGAGCCGACUUCAAAAAUGGAAAUGGAGCCAACAUCAGAGCCAGAACCAGCCAUUAAAUUCGAUAAUAUUGAAUCUGAGGAUUACGGAGAUGUUGCUGAAAAGACGAUUACGCAACCAGAUGAACUGAACACUGAAGUCAUUGAACAGCUUGUUGACAGAUUCUUGAAUACUGGAUCUAUUGAAGACAAUACUCCAAAAACACCAGUUUACGCGAAUCCAGCAGCCCAGGCUUUGGUUAACAGCAGCGAUUACUGGAAAACGGAAUUGCUUCAAGAGGAUGCAUCCAUCAAAGACGAAAAUAAGCUGCGUACAUGGCUAACAGGAUACGAGACAGAAGCCAUUAAAGUUCUCCGAGAGGUUGCCGUGUCUGGAUGGAGGUACUUCAACAAUGCUUCACCACAGGCUAAAAUGGCUCUUGAUGAGGCUGAAGAUGUUUUGUCCCGAUUUGUCCGUAGCACAUCAAUGCAAGCAAAACAGUUUGACAUGUCGUCGAUCAAUGAUGAAAACCUUCGUCGUAAACUUGGAUAUGUUUCAUUUGAAGGAAUGAACGCUUUGGCUCCUUCCAAGCUCUCCGAGUUUUCGCAAGCACAAGCAAUGUUGAACAGAGAUUCGAAAGACACGACCAUUUGUGACAAAGAUGUUCCACCACCAUGUGCUUUGCAAAAAAUUGAUAUGGACUCAAUCUUCCGCAACGAGAAGGAUGCUUCUAGACUUCAACAUCUUUGGGUUUCUUACGUUACUGCUAUUGCCAAAUCAAAGAAGUCUUACAAUACUAUUAUAAAGGUGUCAAACGAUGGAGCUGUUUUGAACGGAUUCACCGAUGGCGGAGCAAUGUGGAGAAGUGCUUUUGAUAUGGGAUCCAAUGAUAAAAAACCAGCAUUUGAUCUUCAAAAACAAAUCGAAAAAAUCCAUAAAACUAUUGAACCAUUUUAUCAAUUGAUCCAUGCUUAUAUACGACGACAACUUGCCGGAAUUUAUUCUAAUCCAGUUGGGCUCAGCAAGGAUGGUCCAAUUCCAGCACAUCUUUUUGGAUCUUUGGAAGGAGGCGAUUGGUCGGCACAUUAUGACCAAACCAAACCAUUCGAUGAGGAAUCUGAUACAGCUGAAGCAAUGCUUUCUGCUUUCAAUUCUCAGAACUAUACAACUAAAAAGAUGUUCAUCAACGCUUACCGUUACUUCAAAUCUGCUGGAUUCCCGCAAUUGCCAAAGUCAUUCUGGACAAACUCGAUUUUUGCAAGAAUAUGGAGCAAGGAUAUGAUUUGCAAUCCUCCGGCAGCUUUAGAUAUGCGUGCUCCAAAUGAUUUCAGAGUGAAAGCUUGUGCUCAACUGGGCGAGCCAGAUUUCGAGCUUGCUCAUUCACUUCUCGUUCAAACAUAUUACCAAUAUAUGUACCGAAACCAAGAUCUUCUAUUUAGAGAGCCUGCGUCUCCUGUGCUCAGUGAUGCUAUCGCUAGUGCAUUUGCUCAUCUUUCUACCAAUCCACAUUAUCUCUAUUCUCAAAAACUUGUUCCAGCCGAGCAUCUUGAAAUCAAGGAUUCGAUUAUUAUCAAUAAACUAUACAAAGAAGCGUUGGAAAGCUUCACAAAGCUUCCAUUCACUAUUGCUGCUGAUCAGUGGAGAUACGAAUUGUUCGAAGGAAAAAUUCCAACUGCCAAGAUGAACGACAGAUGGUGGGAAAUUAGAAAGACUUAUGAAGGCGUCAGAUCGCCGCAACCGUACAAUGUUUCUAACCUUGAUGCAUUGAUUCAUCACGCGGUUUCUCAAGUUCACUCUCCGGCUGCAAAGACAUUGAUCAGCUACGUCUUAAAGUUCCAAAUUCUCAAGGCUCUUUGCCCAGAGGGAACCAUCUUAAGCGAAGGAUGCAUAUUGUCAGAAGAUACUACAGAGAAACUUCGCGAAACUAUGAUGCUUGGAUCUUCCGUCACUUGGAUUAAGGCACUUGAAAUGAUUACUGGAAAGGGCGAGCUUGAUGGGCAGCCACUUCUCGAAUAUUAUGAACCCCUUAUCAACUGGCUUAGAAAUACUAAUGAAAUAGACCAAGUCGUCAUUGGAUGGAAUGGAGAAGGAACACCUUUCAGCGCCGACGAAAUUCCAAAAACCAGAGCUCCUGGAGAGGGAGGAAACGGUCUUCCAAGCGAGGAUCGAGUGGCCUUCCCAGGCUUCACAAAGCAGAUUGUGAAGCUCAUUCUGAUGACGGUUAUCUCCCAGAAUAUGUAA